AAAAAACUUUCCCAUCUCUCUCGACCCAGGCCUGGCCGAGCAGACACUCCCUCAACUUUUGCCACGGUGAAUUUUCUUGUCUGUCAUUCCCAACUGUGCUGAGCAACACCCACCCACCAAUUCAUUUCACUUCCUCAUCUCCGCACUUCAUGGCCACGAUGCAGACCGUUGUUCACAAGACGGGCGGCGCAUCUGGGGAACCGCUUCCGCCGACACUUCCGGCCGACCCCGUCCCCGAUCGAGUCAACACGUCCAGCCUGGGAUCAUGGUCUCAUUUGAUCGCCGGCGCGACCGGCGGGAUGGUAACCGCCGUCGUGACGAGUCCGCUUGAUGUUCUCCGCACUCGCCUGCAAACCGACUACUAUCAGACCUCCUCCAACACGCGCCUGACGCCGCACCCCAACCAAAUACGACAAUCGUUCGUCCGCUCCUCCGUCAACCACUUCCGCGAAACCUUCGGCAUUCUGUUCUCGAUCCACCGCGUGGAAGGGUGGCGCGGCAUGUUCAAGGGCCUAGGCCCCAGCCUGACGGGCGUCGUGCCGGCCAGCGCGGUCAAGUUCUACACAUACGGGAACUGCAAGCGGCUGCUGCCGGAGCUGCUGGGGUGCGACAAGGACACGACGCUGGUGCACGCGAUGUCGGCGGCGUGCGCGGGCAUCGCGACGGGCAGCGCGACUAACCCGAUCUGGGUCGUCAAGACGCGGCUGCAGCUGGACAAGGCGGGCGCGCGCCGGUACAAGAACAGUCUGGACUGCACGCAGCAGAUCCUGCGCCACGAGGGGCCCAAGGGGCUGUACCGUGGGCUGACGGCGAGCUAUCUGGGGACGAUCGAGACGACACUGCAUCUGGCCAUGUACGAGCGCAUCAAGGGGCUGAUUGCGCAGAAGGUCGAUCUGGAGGGCGCGGGGCCGGAGUCGAGCCAGUUCGUGCAGGGGCUCGCGCUGAGUGGAGCCUCGGGGUUGUCGAAGAUGGUGGCGUGUUUGAUCGCCUAUCCUCACGAGGUCAUCCGCACUCGUCUGCGACAGGCGCCCAUGGCGGACGGUCGGCAGAAGUACACCAGCAUCCUGCAGUGCGCGCGGCUGAUCCUGAAGGAGGAGGGGGUGAUCGCGCUGUACGGCGGGUUGACGGCGCAUCUGCUCCGGACGGUUCCGUCGGCGGCGAUCACGAUCGGGACGUAUGAGCUGGUUCUCAAGGUCCUUGAGAGACAAUAAAAUGGUUGUGUUUUGUAUGAUAGUGUAUGAUGUUCGAAAAAGUGGGCGCAUAGAUACCCUGUAAUCGAGUCGGGUAAUUGUACAGGCCACACGGUUCGGGUUUGCUUGAGAUGGGAGUUUGGGUUCAGCGCGUUGAUUUGGUGCAUGGGUAGCCUCUCCGAAAUAUAUUAUUAUCCGAUAGACAACGAUUCGAGCGAUGAAGGUGGUGAAUAAUGAG